UGCUAUUAGGAAGUACUGGCCGGGGAUGUACACUCCGGUCCUUGGGGGCGAGUCCAAGCUAGCCUACACUUGGGAAGACUAUGAGAUAGCGCCUUACCCUGGCUUUGCUUCCGCCGCCGACGCCGUGAUCAAGAAGUUUUGGCGCAAUUAUAGGGUGGCGACUGAGCAUAAGGAUAGGGCGGACGUGGUGCUCCGUAACAUGUGUCGGAAGUUGACACGGCAGCAGUGGUACAACCAGAGGAUCACGUGCAUCGGCCACUUCUAUGCUGAGCAGGGCGUAAGGUACACAAAGCCUGAGAUUGUGCAGGGACUCGCCCCGGCUAUGACGAUAGAUGACUUCAUGUCGGUUGUACCACAUUGGGCUGAUAAUAAUAAGAGGGCCGCCUUCAUGGAGUUGGUCAAGAAUUGGGUCGGCGAAACCCCGAUUUCAAGGCCGUGA